GUCAGCUGCAAGUGCAACACAGAGCGCGCCACUAUUCUGCGCGCGCGCGUUUCAAAGCGCUGCGGCCCCGCUGCCUCCUCGUCGUGCGGAAUUACUGCCAUCAUGCCGGACAGCGCGCAGCAGCGCCGCGCGACCGCCUGCGGCUAUGAUUGGAAAGAGGCGGCGAGCUUCGGCGGGGCCGGGCUCGCGAAGGUUCGCGCGCAUGUCGAGGGCCGCGCGUUUCGCCUGGCGCCAGCAACUUGACAAACCUGGAAGCCCCCGCGCCCUUUUCUCGGUUGCAGCUGUACAAACGACGGCAGACAGCGUGCGCGGAGUUCCAGGGUAUCGCUGCUGCUGUGUGUUUUUCGCAUUAGGCGAAGCGCGCGGCCGCGCGCCGCUGGGGUGGCA